AUGCUAUUCAGAUACUCAAUUUUUCAACUUCCUUACGAACAAGGGGGGCUUCAAGCCCCAAUUAUUAGCAAUAUGCUAGAAGCAAGACUGCUUACAGUCUGGUCAAAACUCCUAUCAAGCGACUGUGGAUGGUCAAGAAUAGAACGAAACAGAAUCUCAAAUAUACUAAAGGAGAAGAGAAACAUUUCCACCUUAAAGGCUCUAACCCUCUACCCGGUCAAAACAAAAGCAUGGCCCACAGAAUGGAAACCAUAUCUGAUGGCUUGGAAAAAAAUUGAAGGAAAAAUAAACACAAAUCUAGACCUAUUAAAGAUCUUAAGAGGGACAAUCCCUAUCUCAACUAUAAUACCGGAUCAAGGGCUAAAAUGGAUAUCUGCAAAAUUAGUCAAUAACAAGAAAAAGGAUAUAUUUUGGCGCAUGUAUCACAAAGCACUUCCUCUAGGAUACCGUUUGAGGCAUAUAUCUUCAACAGAGACUGGGGAUUGUCCCUGGUGCUCAGAAGAGCUACAAACAAUACAACACUUCAUGGCAGAAUACAGAAUAAGCAAAGAAAUCUGGAAAGAAGAGUUCCGGUUCCAUCAACUCUUGAAGAAAUCUUUAUGGCAAAAACUUCACAAAUCCUAA